CAAGUAUUCUAUCCAUAAGUUUUCUUGUGUGUGUGCAACCGUUGCAGGCCGACUCAUAGACUGCUGUCCAUUUUCCAACUUACUUGCUACGUUACUUAAAAUUGAAUGACUUUUUCAAUAAAAACAGCGUGCGUUUCUGCUGAGUACGAAUCUAAUUAUUCCAGAGUUAGUGUUUUUUUUUUAAUCUGCUCAAGCUCGGUAUCAUCUCUCACCUGCUUGUGUGCCUAUCAGCAAGGUUUUUUGUUUUGAUGGAAAGAGUUUCCCUAUGUGAUGGCUGCUAAAGAGAUAUCUGGCUCCAAACUUCUUAAAUUAGCUCAGAAGUUUAAUAACUUUUAUCUAUCAGGUUUCGAGAAAGGUGACUGCAGGCCUUUUUUUGUCGGAAACUGUCAAGUUGGCUUAGUGCGUCCAGAUGUUACUAAUCACCUCUUGAAGUAUCCUGAAAUCUUUCUUGUGCAGCCUCAUGCUGUCGUUCUGAAUCCUGCGUUUCGAGACUACUCCGAACGAAGUACCCAAGUUGAAAAGUUUUUGAGAGAAUGUAGAUCUACUAAUACAUUCAUCACCCUCAAAGGAUGGAGGGAUGAGAGUUAUGAAGUCCGACCAAGCUUCUGUCAUGAACCGCUGCUGAAAAUGGAACGCUCUGCAACCUGUUUAUUUGGUGUCUGUAACUAUGGUGUGGAUAUCAAUGGCUAUGUCAUGGAUAAAGAAAAAGGUUUAUGUUUAUGGCUGCAGAGAAGGUCACCUACUAAGCAGACUUGGCCUGGAAAAUGGGACAAUAUGGUAGGCGGUGGCUUAUCCUGUGGAUAUAGUGUCCUUGAAACUGCUCACAAGGAGGCAGAGGAAGAGGCUUCGAUUCCCAGAGAGUUGUUGGCCAAUUUAAAAUCAGGUGGCUGUGUUUCCUUUUACUUCGAGAGUGAACGAGGCUUGUUUCCAAACACGGAAUUUGUUUUUGAUCUUGAACUUCCUGUUGACUUCAUUCCAACCAACAAUGACGGGGAAGUUGAUAAAUUUGAAUUACUACCUGCCAAAGAGGUCUUAGAAAGGUGUUUCACUCCUGAUUUCAAGACCACCAGUUGUCCGGUUGUUCUAGAUUUUUUGAUUCGUCAUGGUGAAAUAUCUCCUGAAAAAGAGCCUAACUUUCUGGAAUUAGUUGAAUUAUUACACGUUCCUUUGCAAGGUAUAUACAGAAGGUUCCCACAACCUGUGAAUGAAAAUGGCAGAAAUGAGACUGAAUAGAUUCAAGGUUUGUAAUAUAACAUGGUUAAAUAACAAUUUCAUAUUUCAUAGUUUAGUCUUAAUUUAUUUUCCCAACUUUUUUACUGCUCUCAAUCUCCUAUUUACCGUGGCUAAUAUUUCAACUAUCCCAUCUUUAGCUUCCUCGUAAACCUUUCAAUCCUUUUCGGUUUCCUUUUUUCAAACUUACUUACUUCUUAAGUCUAGUCAAACCUGUGGCAAAAAUCAUUUUUUUUGGCUCCUCUACCAUGUGGAUAUGAGUUCUAAUUUAUCCAGUUUUUCAGUGAAAUGAAAAACGUAGCAAAAAAUAAGAACAGUGCAGAUUUAGAAAGAAAAUUAAAAUCCUGUUUUAUGGAGUUUUUUUUUUUUUUUUUUUUUUUUUUUUGGUCUUCUUUUUCCAUUUAUAGUCAGAAAUUUCCACCAUUAUGUUAUAUUCAUCCACGCUCUGUAAUUUUUUAUUUUCUUUAUCACAAUUUUGCAAAGAAAACAAUUACUUGAAUGAAACGCUUCCAAAAUCUUCUCCUUGGUGGUAUAUUAUUCGUUUUAAGUCCUUGAAAACUUAAGUCCUAGAAGGCUGGAAGUUCUUGAAUUUGUUUUGAAAAGCCGCUUUAAAGCCUGCUUAAAUUGCAUGAUCCAUUCGUAAAAUUUACCAAAAUAUGCUUUUAAUUAAUUCAGGAAUGUAGUAGAUUCCUAGCUUUCCAGCUAAAAAACCCCUUUUCCCCAGAAUUUCCAUAGUGAAGACUUUUUGCAAUUUUGAAAAUAAAAUGACUUUAACACUGAUUUGAGCUGCCCCUCCGAUUUUUACCCAUGACUUCUUCAUUUUUCAUUGCCUCCCUCGUUUUUCAAGGGACAGUAGUCAUGGCGUGGUCAUGGGACAUGGCAUGGAUGUUUCUGCCAGUCUGAAUUAAUUCAUUAGUAGUUCAAGAAAAUUGUGAAAAACCUGAUGACAGCUCAAAAAUUUGAAGUAUAUCAGACGCUCAAAGUUCCCUUGUAUUGUGUGAUGAUAUUGGGCAUUUUCGAUCUCAAAAAUGAAAUGUUUAUGGAUAUUCUCUUGAUUACCAGUGAACUGCAUUGAAAGAAAAUUUUGAAUUUCUGGCGUAGUUGUGUUUGUGAGUUUUGUCACACAAUGAUCAAUUCUGAUUUUACCAAAAUUUUAGACUUCCAUCUGAAAAACUUUUCACAUGAUGAAACACAUUUUAAUUGGUUGAUAUUUUUUGAGUAAUUUAUGUAUUUUUUUUUUCAAAUUGUUCUAUAUUUUUUCCCCUCUAUUCAAAAAAUGCAAAAAAUGGAUGUUGAUCCACUGAGGUAUUUUCGAAGAUACAGAAUGAGGUGAUGGAAAGAACCGGUGGUUGAAACUUUAAUCGUUUUUGAAAGAGAAUUGCCCCCUCUACCUGACCUGUUACCCCCCCCCCCCUUCGGCCCCUCCAAUGGACACAUGUCCACAGUAUCUAACAGUAAGAUUCUUCUUUAUUCCUAAGAGUGAGGUGUUGAAAAAAUGCUUACAUGGUAGGAUGCCGAUUAAGAGUUAGGACAUAGAGUUACUUAAUAAUACUAAUAAUGAUGAUGUAAUUAUGCAACUGUGAUCUAAAUCUUUUAGUGAUAACUACUUUUGCUAUACUAAGUUAGAGCUUUGUAUUCACAUUCUAAUAUUUUAGUUUCUUACUUUGAAAAUACCGUACUAAGUAUAUGAAAAUAGAUGACUCGUGGUUUUCAUGGCAACGUUCAUUCAAAAUGAUCAAGGUGGCAUCAGGUAUAUUACAUUGAAAAAUUGAUCCGAGUACAUCUUUUACGAUUUAUGUUCAAAACAAUCCCUGAAACAGAAUCGUUGGAAUGAAUGCUGUGCACGGACUGGCCAUUUUUAAAUAUUGCAUACAUAUACAUUUACAUAGCCGUGGAUCUACAGAAAUGCGUGUCUCAUUUGUGGUGUGUCAAAAUCUUCGCUCUCAUUUUAUUUUAUUAAAAGUGAACAAACUAACUUCAUUGCUUGAAAUUUGCAUUGUGUAUUCUUUCCACUGAAAGAAAAAUCAGGAAAGUUUUAGAGAAAUGAUGUUGAGUACUAUUCCAUAUAAAAAAUGGAAUAUGACAGGAAGCGUGCAAUGUUGCAAACCGAGAUGAGGUAUGUGUCCUGCAGUUGCACUGCUGAUAUACGCUGCACACAAUUAUUUAGCAAAGGGCAGUUCAACAGCAAGCAGCGUGCCAAGAAUCAACAAUUUGUAAAGAGAAACGCAUAGAUUUGCAGCUAUCCAGGGAUUUAGAAUCUUGUGCUCUAAUCCUUAUGAAGGUAUAUCUCUUGCAAACAAUGCACUGUCAUCUAAUGUCAUGCAUCAGCUUUGUGCCCUUUCUUUGCCAGCAACAUUGCCCAACAGUGUGCCUUCAACCUGUCAGAAUUAAAAUAUUUUGAGUACAUCUUAAUAGCAACUAGCUGAUUCAUUAAAUAUUUUUAAGCCUAGUUUUCUGGAUAAACUACAGAGACAUCCUCAAAUUUUUUACCAUUAUUAUAAUCGAAGCAAUGAUCAUUACUGUCAGAAGUAUGGACUUAAAAAUUCAUUCUACAGCAUCAUUUUACUUCAGGUCAAACCUAGGAACAGUUGCUCAACAGUAGUCAUAUUGCUGAGCAGUGCGGCUGAUUUUGCUGUUGAAGUCGUUCAUUUAAUUAUCUCAUAUUUUUAGAAUCUAACGGACAAUUACAGGUAGGUUUCCAAUCCUUCUAUUUAGCACAAGUAUAGGGAAAUGAUACCAGUAUUUCAAUGAAUUCUGAAAGUGAAAACUGAGAUGUUUCUGAGGAACAGUUCCUCUGAAGAUGCACAUAUCUUGCAUGGCUAUCAUAAACAAAUCUGGAUCCUAGUUCAUUUUCAGUCAUGUCCUUUCAAAUUAAAAAGAGGGGUUCCUGUAAAAAAAUAGUGUUUUAUUCAACAAAUUGAAUUUUGGUAGUUUCCUAAAUGUAUGAAGGAUUUAAUGCAAAUGAGUCCAAUCGUCCAUUGAAUUCACAUUGAUUACUUCCGCAGAUUUUGUAAGAUUUAAGAGCUGUAUCCAUUGUUGCCUUAUAAUCAAUUCCUUUCCUAACAGGAGAGGACGUAUGAUUUAUACUCUUAUCAAAGGAGGUUGAAAUAGGCUCUCAAAGAAGUAUUAAAAAAUUGGACAGUUUCAUUCCAUUGGAUUUGGAAUAAACUUUUACUGAAAUAAACAAACAAAUGAUUCCUUUUGUAAAGUAAGAUUGAAAUGCGCUAAGAAAAUUGAAAAACACUUCAAAUUCAGAAUGAACGACUAGACAAGGUCUAAAUGAGAAGAAAACGUAAUAUGUUUCCUUUUCAAAUUUUUUGUGAAAAACGAUUCACUCAACAGGAAAUUCGGAAAUCUUUCCUGAAAAAGUAUUAACGCUAUUAACAAGUAUUUUUAACAUAGAUAUACAAAUGACGCCAGAGUACUUUUGCCAUUUAACCAAUGUUUAUCUUGUUUAGGAGUUGAUCUCCAGACUUCCUGUCGUGUUGUGUAAUUUCCUUUCGAAUUUUGAAGAGAAAACACUUUACGUAGUGUUUAAUUUCAUCCCUUGUCUAGUGGCCCAUUCCAUCAACUAAAUCAACUUUUAAGGCAACCUAAAUAUUCAGAUAAAUCAUCAAUUUUUUUUUUUUUUUUUUAAAUAUUUAAUUUCUCCAAGAAUUACUCAUUGGGCUCAAUGAGUUGGACUGAAAAUGUUUAAGUCAUUCUGAUAUCUUUUUUGGAAUAGCCAGAAAUAGAAGAUAAUCAUCUCUUUUUCAGUUGGCUUAUUAUGGCCUCCUUUAAUCUUGUUAAUUGCGGUUUGAAUCAUACGAUCCCUCUUCAAUGAGAUAAGUUUGAUCUUGAAGAAAGAUUAAUCUUGGACACAAGCUCUAAGAUUUACAAGAGACUUGAGAAAGGGGAACUUUUUAUAUGUUUUGUCACGCUAGUCCACUUAUGCACUCAAUACCAAAGAAUGUAAUCCCAAUUCAUUUCUGUAUUAUCCAAAUUCAUUGUAAUCAACCUGUUUCCAGUUUUUAAGCGAAUGUGUUUUAGCUUUUGGUUUCAUCAUACCUGUGUACUGUUUCAGUUUUAUUGUAAUAAAAUAUUUGCUUAUUAAAUUAA